UCUGUUCUUUCUUCUGCAAAACAAGGAGGGGCUUUGAAGCUAUUCACUGAUCUUCUUCCUCUUCGAAGAGUUCUUCUGGACUAAAUUUCUUCAUCCUUUGCUGAAAUGAUGAGUAGCUGUGAUGAAUGGAAGCCUUUUCUAGCAAUGAUAGCUAUCGAUUUUGCGUUUGCGGUAGUGAAUAUUCUGCUCAAGAAAUCCCUUCAAGAGGGAAUGAACCAUUUGGUUUUCAUUACUUACAGGUUGACUACUUCUAGUAUUUUUCUAGCGCCAAUCGGCUACUUUUGGGAAAGAAAUAUAAGACCAAAGCUCACAUUUAGAAUUUUAUGUUACCUCUUUCUCAGUGCCAUUGUUGGGGCAUCAGUGACACAGUAUUUUUUCCUUCUGGGAAUUCAAUACACUUCUGCUACCUUUGCUUGUGCCUUUGUCAACAUGGUGCCCGUGAUCACAUUCCUCAUGGCAUUACCAUUUGGGCUAGAGAGUGUGAACAUAAAAUGCAACAGUGGGAGAGCAAAGAUACUAGGAACAGUGGUGUGCAUCGGAGGAGGAUUGAUAUUGACACUGUACAAAGGGAAGCCAUUGUUCGGCUCUGAUGAUUCUCACUAUGAUUCUUCUGCAUCAGCACCAAUAUCAAAAACUUCUGCAGUAAAGUUGGCUGCUUCUCAUCAUCAUGUGAAUAGUGAGAGAUGGACUCUCGGUGUAAUAGCUUUGAUUCUGGGAACAUUGUUCUGGUCUUCAUGGUUUGUUGUGCAAUCAAAAGUAGGCAAAAGGUACCCUUGCCAGUAUUCUAGCACAGCCAUCAUGACCUUCUUUGGAGCCAUUCAAUCUGCUGUUCUUAGCUUAGCCACUGGAAGGAACUUUUCCCUGUGGGUUCUUAAGGGAAAGAUGCAAAUCAUCACUGUUCUGUUUUCUGGAAUGGUAGGAUCAGGAUUGUGCUUCGUGGGAAUGUCAUGGUGUGUGAAGAAAAGAGGUCCAGUCUUCACUGCAGCUUUCAGCCCUCUUGUGCAGAUUAUGGCAGCCAUGAUCGAUGUCCCUCUCUUGCAUGAACAGCUCCAUCUUGGAAGCGUUUUAGGAUCCAUACUGGUGAUGCUGGGAUUAUACAUUCUUCUGUGGGGGAAGAAAAAGGAGAUGCAGUUGACGAAACUGAUGAUCGUCCAAGAAGCUGAAGAAACCAAGGAACAAGACCAACCAAUUCAACAACAACAAAUCUCUGUGUCCUGUGAUCCACGUUGUCCUUAAUUUCCAUUAUUUUAUUCGAAGUUUGAAGUCUCCACAUUUAAUUAAUGUUCAAAUGAAGAAUCAAUAUAAUAACAACACCAUUUGAUA